AUACCGUCGAAACUGCUUUCAUGUUGUAGGUUGUAGAAAUUGUCAUUAGAGUGACUUUAAAACCGUUGCAUGUGAGAAAGAGAUUUGAAAAAUAUUUAAACUUUGUUUUAUAUUUAUAAUUUUUACAAAUCUACAAACGGAUUUUAAAUAUAAUAUGGCGUCUAGAAUAAGAAAUUUAGAAAAUAGCACUUUAAAUCGGGAAAAUAUACAACGUUUCCCAAGUAAAGUGGCUCAUCCUGUGAAACCAGUUGUUGCAAAAAGGACCGCAUUGGGAGAAUUAGGGAACAAAAUACAUGUAAAACAAAACCAAACAUCCAACACACUGAAAAAUGUUGACUUAAAAAAAAAUACACAGAUAAAUUUAGAGAAGAAAUCCUCUCAAGUUAGUUUAUUGGAUAAAAAAUCAGCACUUAAAAAAGAUGUUAACGCUCAAGUAAAAGACUUAAAAGGGGUGAAAAAUGCUGAAGCAACAAAACAAAAAAAUGUGAUCAAGGAUAUAGUUAAAUCAUAUCAUUUGGAAAAUAGAGAAAACAUAAAUCUUAAACAAGCACUGCUAAUUAGCACCAGAACAGAGGUAAAGAAAGAUGAAAUUUCGUACUCAAGGCAAAGGCUGACAAAUAUAGUAGAUGCAGAUGUAAAUGAUAAGAAUGAUCCACAAUUAGUAAGCAAUUAUGUUAAAGACAUUUAUGCAUAUUUACUUGAAUUGGAACUAAAAUGCAUGAUUAAAGAAGACUUUUUGGAUUCACAUGCAACAACACCAAGAAUGAGAUCCAUUUUAGUUAAUUGGAUGGUUGAAGUUGCAAUAAGUUUUGGAUAUUUGCUUGAAACUUUGCACAUGUCUGUGGCAAUAGUAGAUAGAUACCUUCAGCAAAACAAGAAAGUGGACCGUGAAACUUUACAGUUAGUGGGAAGCACAGGAAUGUUGAUUGCUGGUAAAUAUGAGGAAUUGUAUUGGCCAGAAGUGCAAGAAAUUGUAUACAUUUGUGAUGAUAUGUAUAGCAGGCAGCAGGUUUUAGCAACAGAAAGAGAAAUUAUAAAGAAACUUGAAUUUGAUUUCAGUAGGCCAUUAUCAAUUCAUUUCCUAAGACGAUACAAUAAAAUAGCUGGAGUAACAGCUGAAGAACACUCUGUAGGGAAAUAUUUCCUUGAGCUAUGCUUACUUGAGUAUAAUUUAUGCCAUUAUAGGCCUUCUUGUCAAGCAGCAGCUACAUUUUGUUUAGUACAAGCAAUUUUUAAUGACUGUACUGAUCCUUCCACUUUUUGGACUGAAACUAUGAUAUAUUACUCUGGCCAUGAAUACAGAGCUUUUAAAUGUAUAAUACCAAAGCUUGCUGAAACUGUCAUGAAAAUGGAAAUAUCAAAAUAUCCAGCCAUCAGAAAAAAAUAUUCAAGUGCCAAAUUUGGAAAGGUCAGCUUACAUCCAAGGCUGAAAGGAGAAGUUCUAAAAGAAAUUAGUGGAGAGCAAACGAAAUAAUGUUCAUGUGAUAUUUUUUGUAUUCUUACAAUUAACUUUUAAAAUAUUUCAUGACAACUUGUGUAGAAUAUUUGACCUUACAUUGUUAUAUAUAAUUCUAAUAAUUAAAAAAAUGAGUUCAUAUACAUUUUUAUAUACCAGUAUUUGUAGUUAUUAAUUCAUAUACCUAUUUUAAGUUAAUCUGUACAUUUGAAUGUGUUUUAUUUACUAAUGACUGUUUUAG